AUGGUCUCGGAUUUUAUGAACAUUAUUAUCAACUGUGCUGAGAAAGCUGCCGUUCUAGCCCGGGUAGUGCGAUCGGAAGCGAUCAUGUUGAAAUUACUUAUUGAAGAGAAGACGGAUAAAAACUGCAAAAACGAUCGUUUUGUACAUGAUUUUAAAACAUUAGUGGACGUAUUGAUUCAAGAAAUGGUAAAGCAUGAAAUUGCAGCAAAGUUUCCCUGUCUGACUGGUUUUGUACAUGGAGAGGAAGAUAAUACAUUUACAAAUGCUAUUGGUGAAUCCGUCAUAAUUGAAAUUAAAUCUACCGCUCAGGAAACAGCGAACGUAUUACGUAGAGUAUUAAAUAACAACGAAAAGGCAAGUCAACUGUUGGCUGAAAUCAUACAUGGUGAUAUCCAGUGUCAGAAUAACGAACAUAUUUUCAAUAAAGACGACACUAUCAAUAUUGAUAAUUUCGGAAUUUGGAUUGAUCCAUUGGAUGGUACAAAUGAAUAUAUUAGCCAAAAUGUUGUUGAAGCCCAGAAUGGUAUUUAUUCAAAAGGCUUACAGUGUGUUACUGUCCUGAUCGGAAUUUAUCAUCGAACAAGUGGAUCACCAAUUGCAGGUGUUAUCAAUCAGCCUUUCCAUCAAGUUUUACCUAAUGGACAAUGGCAAGGCAGAUCGAUUUGGGCUCUGUGCUACAACGGCAUGAAUUUCAAUUCAAAUUUACACUUAAAAACGGAAAAAGAUGUUCCAAAAGAACAUAAUAUUAAGAAGUAUACGGUUCUAUUAAGUGGAAGUGAAUCUAAAACUGUAUUACAGCAAUUAAAUCGUGACGACAUAAGUAUCCGUAGGGCCAGCGGUGCAGGCUAUAAAUUACUUUGCGUAAUUGAUGAUCUUGCUGAUGCUUAUGUUUUAUCUAAAGGUUCUACAUAUAAAUGGGAUACAUGUGCACCUCAUGCUAUUUUACUUUCAAUGAAAGGGUCUAUAAUUAACAUGGAGAACGCAGAUGAAUCUACUCAAAUUGUCUAUAAUCAAAUGGAUCCAUCAAGCACGAAAUGGAACAACAGCAAGGGAAUAAUUGCUUUUAAAAAACUUCAGAUAUUGGAAUAUUUGAAAUCUAUCUUAUCUUGA